UAGUUAUCAAAAUUGCUAUUGCCAUUCUCUAUAGCACUUUUUUUUUUAAGUUUUUCUGUAGUCAUCGAAACAUUUAAAGUUGCUGAAAUGGAACAACAAUAUAAAUUGAUAAACGCUGAAUUAAUGGAUCAGGUGCAACUUCUGCGAAUAACUAAUGCUGAAAUGUUAAAAACAGAAAUUGUACUUAAAAGGCAACUUAUGGAAGAACGUGAAUUACGCUUAGCUGACGCUCAAUACCAUGAACAGAAGCUGAAAUGCGCUAUCAGAACUCUGCUUCAUACCUUAGACAUCAAUUUAUGUAGUCACGAAAGCUCCCUUACAUCGCAAUCAUCAAAUGCAUCAGAAAAUGUCAGGUCCAGCUCAUACAACAAUGGACAAGUUUGCUCGGAGCUUCGUCGUUCAAGUGGAAUACUUCAAAGAGCUCUGCCUGUAUCUCCCACCAGACGGAGUCGGAGUAGCGCCUCAAGCUGCAAGACUUCGCAGGAUGAGGCAAGCGAAUCGAGCACGACUACAAUGAGCCCAGGCAAUUAUGGUAUACCAAUCGCAAGGAAAACACCGGAACCACGACAUUUGAUGGAGCUGAACGUAAAUAUGAGCUCUCCAGAGGUUGAAGGACAAGAAUCAUCUGAGCAGUUGUCACCAUCUGUUACUCAUAUAUACUCUAUUAGCGAAGAAAGCGAUAGUGAUACUUUGGCUUCCUCCAUGGAAUUGAAUGAGACACUGCAGAGAUCGUCAGCUUAUGGCAGUACCAUAGACAUAUCUCCAUUGCCCCCGAUCAAUGUGACCAAUAACCAUAAAAGAGCUUUGCUCGUUCCGAGGGUAGAAAUCUCAGAAGAGCGCAGCCCAUCGGAAAACACUCAAAAUGAGACUGAAAAAUGUAAUUUGAGACAAAAAAGGAUUACAAAACUGAUUCUAGAUCUUGAGCCAGAUGUUGGCAAUCAAGAGCCACGGAUAGAGAAUAUUAGAUAUGCCGUUCAAGCAAGGUCACCGUUACAGAUGACAUUGCCGCGCACGUCUACAAAUACGGAUGCACUUACGCCGCGACGUGCCCUGACUGAUAUGACUAAUCGACCCGUAGGCCACAGCACUCCUCAUAAGCAGAAGCAACUUUCCAAUACAAACUGUAGCCCUGUGCCUAGUCAGACAGGCGAAUCUAGUAUGGAAGACUCCAGGUUUGGUCGUCCUAGGCGUAGUUGUCGGCCAAGCUCACUCAAGGAACCUGACUGUCGCUCCAAACUUCGAAACAAAAACAAAACCAAAUGAAAAUAUUUUGCUUAAUGCUAACUUAUUUACUUAAAAACUAUAUGUUCCUGUUAUGAUUUAAAUUGAGCCUUUACACUCAAAACUAUAUAUGUUAAACUAGUUAAUAUCCAUUUAUAUAAUAUUUAUUUGAAAGUUUGUACUUCAAGAGAAUUGAUUAAGUUCAAGAAACCAAUUUAAUUGUCUAGCUGAAAGUUUGCGUUGUACGUUAAAACUCUAUUAAGCAAAAAUGAUUUGUGAUUCAAUGUGUUCAAAAAAAUAAAUAAAUAAAUAUAUAAAGUUAUAAAUUAAA